ACAGGCGGACUCGUUCUGUGUUGAGUCACUUCUCAUGGAGCGUCAAACUCAGCAGCAGAGAUUUAACCUGUUGUGAAAAGUGAUGAAGACGAUUCCGAUCUAAGCGCCGAGCUCCAGGUGACAUUUCAGAAGCGUCCCACAGUGAUCCCGUCAGAGAACCCGAUGCAGCGUUUCAGACCACGGCCCCGUUCAGCACAGACGACUCUGCUAACGCCUCAGAACAGGAAGCUUUUAGUGGUAGCUGCUCGCUUAUCAACCAACAUCUUCUCUGUUUGCCACAAUGAUUUGGAAAUGGAUCUAUCUUACCGCCCUCCUUCCUGGAGCACUCACAUCCCCGACUCCACCCUCACGCCCUAACACCACCGCCGUGGAAGGACCCUGUCGCAUCUACAACUCCGGCCGCUCUGCAGACUGUCUGGGUCGACAGCUGGAAAGUGUCCCGUGGACACAAUUUCCACCCACGCUGGAAGAGAUCGACCUCUCCUCCAAUAAGCUCCAAGCUAUCCUCGCCAACGACUUCCUCCGCCUCCCUCGGCUUCGUGUCCUCCUGCUGAAGUUUAAUAACAUUUCCCACAUCGACAGUGAAGCCUUUAAAAACAACAAGCUGCUGGAGCAUCUUGACAUCUUUAAUAACUCCCUGCGGGAAAUCCCUGCCACCGCCCUGACUCCGCUUCUAAAUCUGAAACAGCUCAUGAUGUCGAAUAACCUUUAUGAACACGCCACUCUGGAUGAGAGCUUCUCCAAAUUGGUCCAUCUCAAAGUUUUGUCGAUGGGCGGCCCUUUGGUGAUGGGUCUAAAGAAAGCCGAUUUCCAGCCCCUGAAAAACAUGCGUUUGCACGGCUUUGCAAUCAAAUGCUCCUCUAACCUGAGUUACUACGAGCCCGGGAGUUUAGAGGUCGUCCAGACGAUGCAGAUGGGUUUCGACAUGGCCUUAGAUCAACGGUCCGUCGCUCUGCAUCACAUGCUGCGUGACCUCGCCAACAAGACCUUCAGCGUCAUCCAGUUCCGAAACCUGUUUGAGUUCACGUACUACAUGGGAACGGACGACAUUUUCCAGGGUUUAAGAUACGUCACGGCCCAGCAGCUCGUCUUCCACAGAGGGAAAUUCAAUGAGAAUCUCCUUCGUAUGGCGUUGAUGAACCUAGAGGUCGCACCCAUCAGAAAUCUGAGACUUCAGUACAUCGACUUCGCCCGCUCACCCACGUUCAUCGAUAACGGAGGAGACUCCAGUAUCACGGAUCUAGCUCUGGAUGAGCUGGAUCUUUGGUAUAUCAGCAACCCGGAUGUGCUGCGCUUCGACUGGCGCUUCACCUGGUUCAACAAAAUCAAGCACCUGUCUAUUCAGUAUGUGAACUUCAACUCGGUUCCAUGCGACGCCUGGGCGGAGAUGGCGGCUGUUGAGAUUAUGGACAUCUCCAACAAUCGACUACAGGACGACUACAUCUUUAACCAACGCUGUCAAUACAAGGGCGCCAUGCCGAACCUGCACACGUUCACGCUGAGCACCAACGACCUGACCAGCUUAAGAGACCUGUCGUUUCUAACGAGGGAGUUCCAGAAGCUGCAGGAGUUGGACGUUAGCAACAACAGACUGGGAGCUGCUGGAAAAAGUCGAGACUGCGUCUGGCAGAAGAGUAUAACUCGGUUCAUCGCUCACCACAACCGGUUUGAAAGUGAGUCCCUGCGUUGUCUGCCCACCACGGUGCAAUACUUGGACCUGUCCCACUGCGACCUGGACCAGCUGGACAUAACGUACUUUGAGAAAGCCAACAGCCUGAAAGAGCUGCUCCUUAGUGGGAACAAAAUCAAGUUCAUCCCCUUUCAGUGGGGAAGUCCAUCGCUGCAGUCGCUAGCUUUGGACGGGAACUCGUUUGGUGUCAUCAGCAAAGCGUCCUUCAGGGACAUGCCCCGACUGUCUCACCUGAGAGCGGGGAACAACCCUUUCCAUUGCACCUGUGAGCUUCACGCCUUUGUCGAGGACACGACAUCCAAAGGAAAGAUCAACCUCACAGACUGGCCAGAGAACUACAAGUGCUACCACCCGGAGGCCUUCCUAAACACGGUCGUUUCCAAAUACCUACCAGGUCGAGUGGCGUGCGACAUCAGACUUGUGAUCAUCAUCUGCGUUGCCACCACAAUGCUGGUGAUCUUCAUACUGAUGCUUAUGUGCUACAUGUUUGACCUGCCGUGGUACACCAAAGCGACCUUUCAGAUCAUCAGGGCCAAAUACAGAGCUCACAAGGAGAAGGCGGCAGGGGAAGCAGGAAGUUUCACAUAUCAUGCCUUCAUCUCCUACAGCCACUCUGAUGCCGACUGGGUGAGGGAUCAGCUCUUACCCUGUUUGGAGAGUGACAAGAACCCCUACCGCCUUUGUAUUCAUGAGCGGGACUUCAUGCCAGGAAGGUGGAUCAUUGAUAACAUCAUUGACAACAUUGAAAGCAGCCGGAAGGUGAUAUUUGUCCUCUCUCGGCACUUCGUCAACAGCGAGUGGUGCAACUACGAGCUGUACUUUGCUCAGCAGAGGGCGAUGGGAAAGACCUUCAACGAUGUCAUAUUGGUGGUGAAGGAGCCCCUCGACCGCUCCCUGCCCAGCAAAUACUGCAAGCUGAAGAAGAUGCUGAGCACCAAGACAUACCUGGAGUGGCCCCAGCAAGUCAGCCAGCAGCCGUUUUUCUGGGCGCAGUUGAAGAGCGUUUUGGGAAAGCCAACGGUGACGAGAGAGGGGAGACAUAGCGUUAGAAGCAUAGCCUCGUCUGUGAUUGGCUCUGAAGUGGUGGACAGGAAGGCAGAAGAAGCUCAGCUUAAUGCAGAACCAAAAAACAAGAUUAAUAAAAUGAAUAACUAUGAGCUCUCCAAUCAGACACACAUCCCUGCUGUGGCAUUCUGACCAAAAGGUUAAAAAGUUCGGAUUGUAGGACUUACAUUCCUUCAGAAUUGUCUCAAACUCAGGUAACCUUUUGUGUGCGAGUUAUGUCAAGCUGGGAGCAAACGCCAACGUCUCAUUAUGAUGACAGACAACAACCCAAUCCCGCUCCGCCCCGUGGCAUUCUGUCAUGUUAUCCCUGAGCAGCCGGCCUGAUGCCCUCUGCUCCGCUCUCCCUCUGAGUGUGCUCGGGCCGGGCGCCCUGCUGACAGGCGCUGACAGGCCAAAAAAAAAAAAAGAAAGCUUGACAGCUCAAACGAGAUCUCCCCGUGUGGCUCUCCGGAUAACAAGAGAGGUGCCAGGCGGAAGUGAUGACAGGAGGCGCAUUGUGAUCGCACACGGCUCGGUUACAGACUCGGCCCUCUGAGGUAUGAGAUCAUGAAAGUUCAAACUCUCCUGUUCCUGUUACACCUAACGAUGUGCAUGGCCCACCUUGGAGAAAAUGAUUGGGUGACACAAAGAAGAAGAAAGCCCAAGUUAACAAAACACAAAUACAGAUGAAGUCUAUAACAUUUUAAGAUUGAGCCGUGCAGAGGGACAGAGAGGACAUCUUUGUUGUUUUAAGAUUGUUGUUGUGCAGCUUAGCUCAGAGGUAGCUCUGUUAUUUUUCUGUCUGGAUGAAUUAAACUUAAAUAUGUUCAACCA